CGAAAAUGUGAGCCUGAUGGAAAGGAGGCAAAGGCUGAAUUAGCUGUGCAACGCAAUAUGUUUCCUAGCGCUCAAAUUAAAAUGAGAUUGCUGUCGCCAAGCAGUUCGCCAGCAACAUCGCCCACGAUGUCUAACUCAUCGUCUCCAACACCGCCAACACCAGUAGCUCCUGCAUACAACGCUAAAAUGCCAGGUAUACCGUGUGUUGCAGCAGCAUCGAGGUACACCGCGCCAGUUCACAUCGACGUUGGGGGUACCAUAUACACCUCCUCGUUAGAAACGCUUACAAAGUACCCAGAGUCGAGACUAGCCAAGCUAUUUAACGGUAGCAUCCCCAUUAUGCUGGACUCCUUGAAACAACAUUACUUCAUCGAUCGAGACGGUGGCAUGUUUCGACACAUUCUUAAUUUCAUGAGAAAUUCACGGUUACUUAUACCUGAAAAUUUCGCCGACUUGGAUUUACUUCUUGAGGAGGCCCGGUACUUUGAUAUUGCGCCAAUGUGCCGACAAAUAGAGCAAUUAAAAAAAGAACGUACAAAAAAUGGAAGCACAGUGGAAUCAUCAAGCCCACUGUCAUCCCUGAUAGGCCGAGACGGUCGAGUAACACCACCCAGCAGAGACGGUGACAAAAGAUCAACACCGUCUUUCGAGUGUCUGGCUUUGCACGUGAGCCCAGACCUAGGAGAACGCGUGAUGCUGUCAGGCGGGCGUGCGCUGGUGGAUGAAGUCUUCCCGGAGACAACGCAAGCGGUAAUUGACGCGCGCUCCGGAGUCGCCUGGCACCAGCAAGACACUCGUCACGUAAUUCGGUUUCCUCUCAACGGGUACUGCAAGCUCAAUUCGGUCCAAGCGAUCACGAGGCUCCUCAAUGCGGGCUUCAGAGUGGUCGCCAGCAACGGCGGUGGUGUUGAGAGCCAGCAGUUCUCGGAGUACUUGUUCGUCAGACAGGGCAUCAACACUUGA